AUGCCGUUUCUUGGCCGGGAAAAGGGACGCAGUCCAAGAUCUCGCAGAUCGGAUGAUGAAUUCGUCGUGUUCCUCCAGGGAAUUCCCGCCCACUGUCGCUGGCAAGAACUGAAGGACCUCGUGCGUCAGACGGCUCUGCAUAUUCGGCAGGCCGUGGUAUACGAUGACAACCAUGGGUUUCCCACUGGCCUAGGGCAGAUCAUUGUGAAAAAUGAAGAUGAAGCGUGGCGCACUUAUCACCGGCUGUCAACCAAUGGAUGGGACGGUCACAGCUUGGUUGUGACGCUGGCACGCACGAACGCGCCUACAAAGCCCAUCGCCGGGCCUACCAGAAGCCCACAAGCAGUAGCAGUGAUACAGAGCUAUGCAUCCGGCCAUUCCACACCCCCACAAUCCCAGGGCAACGUGGUCAUGCCUCCAUCACCCAUCUCGCCAGAAUCCAUCCAAUCGACAACCCCUACAUACCCAUACCCAGAAUAUGCAUCCAUAGCGGGCCCAAUGGCGAUGUCACCCCACCAUUACAUGUCCAUGAUGCCCGAUUCCAGAAUGCAACCGAUGCAGUGCUUUCCGCCAUCCCCACUGAUGCAUUCUUCCAUAUGUGACGGCCAAGGCUGGAACGUGAUGCCAAUGUACCCGGUCUCACCCAUCCAACCCCUCCACGAUACGAGCGAUGGCUAUCCUCAUCACCAACCACGCAAGCCCUGGGCUAACUAUACCGAACGCAGCAGCCCGACAGGCGACUCGACUCAACGUGCAGUCUACAUUCAGAACCUAAAUGCGGCCACCACAGCAGCAGACCUGCAAGGCCUUCUACAGGGUGCAGGAACCGUCGAGCGGUGCAAUGUAACAGUGACCAAAGCCUUUGACAACCAAACACAAACACAGCACCAGCCCCUAGGCUCAGCCAUCAUGCGCACCAUUGAAGAGGCCAAGCGAGCCGUGGCUACACUCAACAACACGACAUUCAUGGGUGCGCAGAUCCGCGUAACGAUGGGGCCCGGCACAGUACGUAGCGGAAGCUGGGACGGAGCAAUGGCUGCCCUGGAAGAGGAUCUACCCGACCUGGAAGUCAGCGACAAGAGUUCAGAGGGUGGCAGAUGUGGCCAGGAAUUUCCCGGAAGGAAGAGAGUUGACCCUCAUAACCCGUUGGUUGUAGACGGGUCAGGAAUGCAGAAACGGUCAUUAGAGCUACUGUCGACAUCAGCGCCGACUUGA